AUGCAGUUCGAAUGUCCUUGCCAUAGGUACACGGGCCAGACCUCCACUGGCGAGGUGUCCGGCACGCAGGCGGUAGACUUUUCCAGCCUGGGCCACGAUUUCUUUCCGGAGGGCUCCGAGCAGAGGCAGUGGCUGAAUACCUAUUCUGUCGGAGUCCGAAGGGCGCUCCGGAGGGCGAAGGCGGCGGGCCUGAAGGCCUACUGGUGGGUAGACUUGUUGGUCUUGCCCACGGCCGUGAUAGACGCGUUCCCCAAUGCCACCAACAUCAACGGAACGCUAGUGUGGAACGAGGCGUCUCGGCAGCUGCUGGCCACGUUGGUGCACGAGGCCUUCACGAAGUUUCCAGAAUGUGAUGGUUGGGUCGUCCGCACAGGCGAGACGUACGUCUACGACACGCCGUACCACAGGGGAAACAACCCUCUUGACGGCUCCAUCGACAGCUGGGUGUCCUUCGUCACUGUACUGAGCGAGCUGGUCAACGACAAGUACGACAAGGAUCUGGUCAUCCGCAGCUGGCGAUCGUGGCCGAGCAAGAAGGAGUGGUAUGUCAACAUGACGAACCGCGUCCCCACGCACCCGAAACUGUACUUCUCGAUCAAGCAUUCCUCGGACGACUUCAAGCGCCCAGCCACCUGGAAUGAGAUGCUCGGAGAAGGCAGGCACGCGCAAAUCGUGGAGGUGCAGCUGCAGCGCGAGUACGAGGGCAAGGGCGCCUACCCCAACUACGUCAUGCACGGCGUGAUCGACGGCUUCCCAGAGAUGAAGAACAGAUCCGGCCUGAGCAGCAUCAUCGACAGCCCUGUGGUGCGUGGUCUGUGGACUUGGAGCCGGGGGGGCGGCUGGUGGGGCCCCUACAUUCACGGCCGCGAGCAGUGGAUCGACCUGCACGCCCAGGUGCUGACCAGGUGGUGGAAGGCGGGCGGCAGCAAGACCGAGGAGCAGGUC